CUAUUACCUUUGAGUGUAGCAGGGGGACAGGACCCAUCCAGAGGAGUGCUACAACCACCAGCAUGACAGAAAAAGAAGAGCUGAAGAAGGAGAAGAGGGGCAAGGGUCCAGUCAUAUGUGGAUACCCCCUCAGCAUUUUCUUCAUAGUUGUUAAUGAGUUCUGUGAAAGGUUUUCCUACUAUGGCAUGCGAGCUGUACUUGUGCUGUACUUCAAGUACUUCUUAAAUUGGAAUGAUGAUUUUGCAACAUCCAUCUAUCACGUCUUUGUGGCCCUUUGUUACCUGACCCCAAUCCUGGGGGCCAUUGUAGCAGAUUCAUGGCUUGGAAAGUUCAAGACUAUCAUAUACCUGUCCAUUGUGUACGCUUUGGGUCAGAUCGCAAUGGCUAUCAGUGCCGUCCAUGACAUUACUGACCAGAACAGGGAUGGGACUCCAGACAACAUGACCUUUCAUGUAGUGUUGUCUAUGGUGGGCCUCUUCCUGAUUGCUCUGGGCACUGGUGGGAUUAAGCCUUGUGUGGCUGCCUUCGGUGGAGACCAGUUUACUAAUGAACAGGAAAAUCAAAGAAGAACUUUCUUCUCUGUCUUCUACCUGUGCAUUAAUGGAGGGAGUCUGCUGUCCACCAUCAUCACUCCUAUUCUCAGAGCUCAGCAGUGUGGCAUCCACACAAAGAUGGAGUGUUAUCCUCUGGCGUUUGGUGUCCCUGCUGCUCUCAUGGUGGUAGCUCUUGUGGUGUUCAUUGUGGGUAGUCCCAUGUACUUCAAAGCAAAGCCACAGGGCAAUAUCAUGCUGGAUGUGUGCAAGUGUAUAGGGUUUGCUAUUAAGAAUCGCUACAAACACAGAAGCAAGCAAUAUCCAAAGAGAGAACACUGGAUGGACUGGGCAGAGGAGAAAUAUGGUAAACUUCUGAUAGCACAGAUCAAAAUGGUGCUGAAGGUUUUGUUUUUAUACCUCCCACUCCCUAUGUUCUGGACUUUGUUUGACCAAAAGGGUUCAAGAUGGACACUGCAGGCCACUACACUGAAUGGAGACUUUGGGGUAUUCAUUGUCCAACCUGAUCAGAUGCAGACAUUUAAUCCCAUUCUGAUUCUGACUUUGGUGCCAAUUAUGGAUAAUAUUAUUUAUCCCUUGAUUAAGAAAUGUGGAUUCAACUUUUCACCCUUGAAGAGAAUGACAGUGGGGAUGUUUCUAGCAGCGAUGGCUUUUGUCUGUGCUGCUGUCGUCCAACUACAGAUCGAUAAAACACUGCCCACGUUUCCAUCAUCCUCCCAGAGCCAAAUCAAACUUCUAAAUAUGGCCCCCAACGUGAUCAGUGUUCAGAUACAAGGCAAUAAUGAAGAACAGCUUCUACCGAAUCAGGCCAGCCCUGAGUACUACACACUGGACACCGACAUCAUAUCAGUGUCUGUAGUAAAUCCUCCUAUGAAAAAAACCAUUUCCCUGACAAAAGGUCAUCGGCAGACCCUUCUCCUUCCUACAAAUUUGUCUAACGAGUGGCAGCUGACAGAUGAUUUAAUCUCUAAACCCCAAAAAGGAGCCAAUGCCAUUCGGUUUGUCAAUGGGUUCAAUACCCCAAUAAACAUUUCAACUGCUGAAGUCGAGUUCGAAGUCACUGAACCACUUUUAGCCAGCAACUACUCGCUGUUAAAGAACGGAAAGCAAACCUUUACCAUCCGCUCCAACUCUGCAUCUUGUACCGUCGAGAAAGAAUUUGGCUUUGGGAGCUCGUAUACUUACUUCAUCCCGAGUACUUUCACUUUCUCGACGGAUUGUGGAGGUGAAAUUACUGAAGUGGAGGAAAUCAAACCAAACACAGUACACAUGGCCUUGCAGAUUCCACAGUACUUCUUUAUAACUGCUGGAGAGGUCAUGUUUUCUGUCACUGGGCUGGAGUUUUCUUAUUCACAGGCACCAAGCAACAUGAAGGCUGUGCUCCAAGCCGGUUGGUUACUCACUGUUGCAGUUGGAAACUUCAUUGUCCUGAUUGUCGCUGAACUCGCAAAACUUCCGAAACAGUGGACAGAGUACGUGUUGUUCGCCUCUCUCCUGGUGGCAGUGUGCUUCAUCUUCUCCAUCAUGGCGUAUUUCUACACCUACAUAGACCCUGCAGAGAUCGAGGCGCAGUUCACAAACGAAGUUAAACAUGACGACGACGAUGACGAUGAAGAUAAACCCAGGAAGAACUCACAGAAGUCCGAAAUGGAGAUGGUGAAACAAAAAGAUGGUCAUAACUACAAAUUACAAACCAAACUGUAAAUAUAUCAUAGUGCUGUUUUGUUUACCAUUUUGUAUUCGUAGAAACUUUAAGCGUAUAACAAUGCAAGUCGGGGGUUAUAGAAGUAAUCUGAAUCAUUGUAUUUGAAGUGAACAGAAAAUACUUAUCUGUGAAUAAAGUUGUUUUGUGUAUACAUUUGCCAAUCUCUGAAAAUACAUGCAGUAAGUACAUAAACGUAAAACAGGAUCGUGCUGGUAAAAAAACGUUAUAAACUUUGUAUGGAAACAAGUUUUUAUCAGUGGAAAUUGUUGCUCUCGCUUUUUGUUUUGUGAAUUAGCAUGAGUAAUAUGUAAAGUGUUCUAUACAAUUUACUCUCAAACGAAAGUAAAGAC